AUGUAUGCUGGUGUCGAACAGGGCCUCAUCUACCCGGCGAGUCUACAGCAGUUCAAAGGCGAAGUAGGUGACGUCCGCCGUGAUAGCAAGUCGUUCAAGUUUCAAGGUAUUGGGGUAUCUCGAUGUCUAACAUAUGAGCCUCCAAAGGGCUUCGUUCAGCCUGAUCUUGGUCUAGGCAACCUCCCAAACUCCAACCAUGCUUAA